GUCGCCUGCCGACGCGAGCAAGCGGGCCGUCGCGACGCUUUCCACCGCCGUCUCAGCGCCUUCUUCCUUCGCCAUUCGACGCCGCGAACAUCUGAACAUCGCAUCUCCGUCACCACGAUUCGAACGACCAUGUGGAUCGCGGCAGCCGGUCGCGUCAGGGCCUACAUGAUUAUUUUUGCUGUGGCCGUUGUUGGGGUGUUUGGACAGAGGGCUUCCGCAACAGUUAAAUGCUAUACCUGCUCCUCAAAAGAAACAGAGGCGUGUGAGAGACCAGACAAAAGCAUCCCUAUAGAAACUUGUAACAUGCAAACGUUGGAAUCCACUCGUGUCUGGGCCAGCAAGAUAGACCCUCGGUAUAAUAACAUCUUUGAAACGGCAAUAAGCACUACACGAUAAGAGGAUGUCAACUGGCAGAGCAAAGCCACCUAGAUAUCUGCAAGAAACUGACAGAAAAGAACGAUGAAGUGGGGGCGAUGGUGAAGACAGAAGUGUGCACUAAGUGCUUCACAGAUGCCUGUAAUUCUUCGAAGAGUUUUAGAUUUAGCUUCAGCAUAUGUUGCUUGAGCCUAAUAAGCUUUGUUUCUAGAUACUAUUUUUAAGUUUUUUUAGUUAACAGUGGAGUUACAUUGGGCUUUUCCGAAAUCCCUGUUAAACAUUGGUAGACAUGUGGUCUAAAAUUCGAAUAAAAAGAACAAAAAAUGCAGAACUGUUGUAUGUUGGAAAAAUGGACGUUCAGCGGCUGGCUGAAGUCCAGAUCAUAUUUGAUCUCAAACGAAAAGGUUAGUUAUGUAAUUUCACUGCAAUCGGAAAUGCUUUCUUAAAACAUACUCAAGUACCCAGAUGUGUACCAGAGAUAACGUAUACCUGGUAGUCACGAUAACAAGUUGAUGUACUCGAGAAUGAAAUAUUCAAAUAGCUCGCUUCAUAUUCAGUGACAUUGCUAAUACAUCAGAUUAAAAAAUUAUACAAUUCUGAUUCAUUUGAAGGUUACAGGGGGAAAAGAUGAAUGUCACACAUGUCAUGUUUUGUAGCGACUAUGACACUCCGUAGUUAUACCCAAUUGAAAACCUGCCAUGAGGGAAAAAAGAUGAAUGUCCAGCCGUUGUAUGAAAAAAAUAUAAACGUUCUCUGAUAGUCACCGAAGCUAGAAGCUGUUAUAGCAACUUACCAUAUACCAAUUUGCGGCGAAAGGAAUAAACGUAAUCAUGUUAAAGCAGUUACCAUUAAUUUUGUUUUGUUUGCUCUAUAUUCUUUUGAAUAAAGAUUAUUUUGGUUCAUUGUUUUUUUCUUGUUUAAAAAUACUAAGAAAUAAUGCUGUUGAAGCUUUUUCUCAUGUGCUAGGCGCUGUGCAACAAACUUCCUGUUAAGGUUGUUCUCAUAUUAGAACAGAUCGUAAAACCUAAAAUAGGCAUUUUGCUGGUUAAUCAACCCGACAGGGUGUCGCAUAUGACGGAACCUCAAUAUCGCAACAAAAAAGUUGAAUUCAGGCAUGCACGCUUACACAUAAAAAAUGUUUAAAAUCAUAAGGAGAAUCUUAAAAUACAAAAAUAAAAAGGAGUUUCCAUUAAAAAAAUGUUUGGUCUGUUUUCACUUUUAAUCUACCCCGUAUAUCAAACAAGAAAUUCAUUUAUAAUUUAAUUUUUUUUUUCAAUUCGUCAUCAUCUGUACAACGAGGUGUCUUAAAACUUUUAAAUUCGCUUUUCUGGAAACUUACUUUUUGUGACAUUAAUCUCCUUUACCCCUGUACCCUACAUUUAUUUGUAAUGGAAAUUAAGAAAAAACGCAUUGCUACCUUCUUUUUUCUAAUAAACUUAAAAUUGACAUUUAGUCUCAUUUCAAAAAUGUCUUCUCCCUUUUGUUUUCCAUUUAAAUUAUAAUUUAAUCAACUCAAAAAAUGUAUCAAAUCAAAAACUCCAUAUUUGCACCAGGCUCACACUUUUAGAGUAUCUAAUGCAAUCUGAUGAUAUUGUAGAAGUAUGUUGAAAGCUUAAUGAUUAAACCCUUUUCUAGCAAUGACACUGAUUAUCCUAUAUGUAACAAAUAUAUCAUUAUUUAUUGUAUUACGAAUACUACGAAAAAUACUCGUAGUGUCCAAUCACAACAAAUAUAUUCAAUUGAAAUAGAUUGCUGUUUUGACUGCAUGGAUUUCUGUAUGCCUCGUUUUCCAAUGAUGAGUAGAUUUUAAGUAGACAAAUGAAUUAAUUUCUAAUUUCGCCAUCAUAAGAUUACUUAAAAUAGUUUCAAAAAACUUAUUUCUUGACCCUUAUUAUUUUGCAUAGCAAAUGUUAUUCAGCAUUUAGAACAUAAUAAUAUUAUAGUGAAUGUAAUUAAACUGUUAUACAUAAAAAAUUAUACACAUAUAAUGUUUAUUAUAUACAUACAUGUACUGUGAAUAAAUAUGGC